AUGGCUUUUCUCAGAUUUCUCAUAUACACACUAAUGGCUUCUCUGCAACUCUGCAUGGGCGACGACCCCAUCCCGGUGCAGCUCAACUACGACGUGCUCGGCCUCCUCGUCUUCAAAUCCGACCUCCACGACCCUUCUUCCUACCUCUCUUCCUGGAACGAAGACGACGACUCCCCUUGCUCAUGGAACUUCAUCCAAUGCAACCCUUCCACCGGAAGAGUCUCCCAACUCAACCUCGACGGCUUAGGCCUCAAGGGCAAACCCGGUAAAGGUCUUCAGAAUCUUCAGCACCUCAAGGUACUCUCUUUAUCCGGCAACAACUUCACUGGUGAGCUUAGUCCAGAGAAGCUUGCUCUCCCUCCAAGUCUCCAAACACUCAACUUAAGCCGGAACAGUUUCUCGGGACUAGUUCCCACUACUCUUGUCAACUUCAGCUCCAUUAGAUUUCUUGACCUGUCUCAAAACUCACUGUCUGGUUCACUCCCAGAUUCUCUCUUUGGUGCUUGCUCUUCGCUUCGCUACCUUUCCUUAUCUGGAAACUUGCUAGAAGGAAACUUGCCUAGUACUCUUUCUAAAUGCUCCUCUUUGAAUAGCCUCAACAUCUCCAACAACCGUUUCUCCGGUAACCCGGAUUUCGAAUCCGGGAUUUGGUCCUUGAAACGCCUUCGUUCUCUGGAUCUUUCAAACAAUGCUCUAUCCGGGUUCGUGCCGAAAGGGAUAUCAUCUAUACAUAAUUUGAAAGAGAUUUUGAUUCAGAGGAACCAUUUUUCUGGGACAAUCCCUUUUGAUAUUGGACUGUGUCCUCACUUGGGUCGGAUCGAUUUCAGUGAAAAUCUCUUCACUGGUGAGUUGCCACAGUCACUUCAGAUGCUGAAUUUCCUGACAUUUAUGAGUCUUUCAGAUAAUAUGUUCAAUGGUGAUUUUCCUCAAUGGAUUGGGAACUUGAGUAGCCUUGAGUACUUGGACUUUUCCAACAAUGGCUUCACUGGAAGCCUCCCACCAUCAAUGGGUGACCUUAGAUCUCUCAGUUAUUUAAGUUUGUCUAACAACAAACUUGUUGGGACACUUCCAACUUCUCUUGUCUACUGCAACAAGUUGUCUGUGAUUCGGUUGAGGGGUAAUGAUUUCAGUGGGAGCAUACCAGAAGGUUUGUUUGAUCUUGGGUUGGAAGAGAUAGACUUUUCGAAUAUGGGACUAACAGGUUCAAUCCCACCCGGUUCGAGUAAAUUGUUCGAGUCUUUGAAGAUGUUGGAUCUGUCAAGGAACAAUCUCAAAGGCAACAUUCCAGCAGAGGUGGGACUUUUCUCCAACUUGAGGUACUUGAAUUUUUCAUGGAACAAUCUUCAAUCAAGAAUUCCACCAGAGCUAGGAUUUUUCUCGAAUCUCACUGUGUUAGAUCUACGGAAUAGUGCAUUGUCUGGUCCAAUCCCAGGAGAAAUAUGUGACUCUGGUAGUUUGGAUAUUCUCCAAUUGGAUGGAAAUUCAUUGACUGGCCCAAUUCCUGAUGAGAUUGGGAAUUGCUCAUCUCUCUAUUUGAUGAGUUUGUCACAUAACAAUUUAAGUGGUGUUAUUCCAAAAUCCAUUUCGAAGUUGGGCAAGCUCGUGAUUCUCAAGUUAGAGUUCAAUGAGUUGAGUGGAGAGAUACCACUAGAGCUUGGAAAAUUGGAAAAUCUUCUUGCUGUGAACAUUUCAUAUAACAGAUUAACAGGGAGGCUUCCUGUUGGGAGUGUGUUUCAGAGUUUGGAUCAAAGUGCUUUGCAAGGAAACUUGGGUAUUUGUUCACCAUUGUUGAAGGGUCCAUGUACAAUGAAUGUACCUAAGCCUCUUGUUCUUGAUCCAAAUGCCUACCCUAACCAAAUGGGUGGUGGAGAUCAUAGAUACCAUGGCGACUCAUCAGAGUCUCGAAAAGGACAUCACCAUAUGUUCCUUAGCAUAUCUGCUAUUGUGGCGAUUUCAGCUGCUACUCUGAUUGCUGUUGGAGUAAUAGUCAUUAGCCUUCUGAAUGCAUCUGCAAGAAGGAGGCCUGCAUUUGUGGAAACUGCCUUGGAAAGCAUGUGCUCGAUGUCUUCGCGAUCGGGUAGUUUGGCCUCAGGGAAGCUCAUUCUGUUUGAUUCAAGGUCAUCCCCGGAUUGGAUCAGCAGUCCUGAAUCACUAUUGAACAAGGCCUCUGAGCUUGGGGAGGGAGUCUUUGGAACAGUCUACAAAGUUCCACUGGGAGCUCAGGGAAGAAUGGUGGCAAUCAAAAAGCUUGUGACAACAAACAUACUCCAAUGUCUUGAAGACUUUGACAGAGAAGUUCGAGUCCUUGGAAAGGCAAGGCACCCAAAUCUAGUAGCCCUGAAAGGAUACUACUGGACUCCACAGAUGCAGCUACUUGUGAAUGAGUAUGCCCCCAAUGGCAGCCUACAAUCCAAACUCCAUGAUAGGCUUUAUUCAAGUUCACCUCUUUCAUGGGAUGAUAGGUUUAAAAUCCUGCUAGGAACAGCAAAGGGACUUUCCCACUUGCACCAUUCUUUUCGCCCUCCUAUCAUUCACUACAACGUAAAACCAAGCAACAUACUGCUCGAUGAAGACCUCAACCCGAAGAUUUCAGAUUUUGCACUUGCAAGGCUACUAACCAAGAUCGACAGGCAUGUAGUCAGUAACCGAUUUCAGAGUGCAUUGGGCUAUGUGGCGCCGGAACUAGCUUGCCAGAGCCUAAGGGUGAAUGAGAAAUGCGAUGUGUAUGGUUUUGGCGUGUUGAUCCUUGAGCUUGUGACUGGUAGAAGGCCAGUGGAAUAUGGGGAAGACAAUGUGGUGAUAUUAAACGAUCAUGUGAAGGUUUUACUUGAACAAGGCAAUGUGCUAGGAUGCAUUGAUGUUAGCAUGGGGGAGUACCCAGAAGAUGAAGUCCUACCAGUGCUCAAGCUGGCCUUGGUGUGCACUUCUCAGAUACCAUCUUGUAGGCCAACCAUGGCAGAAGUGGUGCAAAUUCUUCAGAUUAUCAAGACUCCACUUCCACAAAGAAUUGAGCGUUUCUAAUUUCUCUAAGAUCACAUUUAGCAAUCUUGCAUAACUUGAUAGAGAUUGCUCCUUCUCGUUGUUGGAGUUUGUUCAUUACUCUUUCUUUUUAUUCG